GGUGUCGAAGGUUCAGGCUUGCCCAGGGUAGCUAAUACUGUUUGGAUCUUGAUUUGCUGCUUCUGCUAUUUUAUUUGCUGAUGAUCAACUUUCACAUGGAGUAUAAAAGGCUUUGGGGUUUGUAGUAUUCACAGAAGAGCUAAAUUGGGUCCUAGAAAGCUACACGGUGUUUUGUUCGAGACGUCAAAAAGCUUCAUUCAUUUAAGCUUAUUCGAUUUAAAGCUUACUUAUACUUAUUAGAACUUUCAUUCUAAAAUUUCUUUUCUUUUCGUAAUUUUGAUUCAUACGAUUAUGCCGAAAUGCCUUUUCCUGGCCUGACUAGAAAGCUAUCUUCUUUAGCUGUUUUGGUUGAUCAGGAAAGGCAAAACUCCAGCUCUAGACGAGGAACCGCUGACGAGGAGCCACAACAGACGAAAGCACAAUUGUCGGAGUCUCCCGUCACUAACGCCGUGCAAAUCCAUGGAGACAGCAAAGAGAAUGAGGAAGGAGGCGGUACCGACAUCGAAGGGGGUGAUACCGAUACAGAUGUUGAAAACGAGCCUGAAAUCCCUUCAAUGCCAAGCCCGAUGCGUAAAACCGCCAGCAUGGACCAUCUCGGAAAAACUUUGCCUAGAAUGUCACGAAGGUUAAUGUCAAUGAAACGUCGAGGCAGACUCCAGCCCAUGGUGGAGGUACAAGAAGAAUUUGAGUUUUGUGCUGGGGACUGUUUGACAGUUCGAGGGGAAGACCAAGAUUUUUUCCUAUGCAGGGUGUUGGAAGAUGUUUUGGAGGCAGCAGAGAAUUUCCGGGUUUCUUGGUUUAACAGAAUCGAUGAAAAUGUCUAUGAGCCUUCAUUUGAUGAUGUGUGCAGCAUGGUGUCAGUGAUAACCCGCGUGACACUUCUAGAACACAUCAAUGGGACCUUCAGCUUGCCAAAGAAGCAUGUUAGACAGACAAAGAAGCUGUUAAGAGAAGCUUUGAUGGCAGAAAGGGGAGAACAAAUACUUGAUGAGACAGAUGAAGAUGAUGAUGAUGAUGAAGAUGAUGAUGAAAUAGAGGAGGAACCACCGGCUAAGAGAACUCGGCACUCUGCGGCAUCUACCACACCAUCACCACGGAAAGGGCGACAGAAAAAGAGCUCUCCUACAAAGCAGGCUAUGGGAAAGAAGAGGAAGGCUGCUCCACCAAAGGGGAGGAAGGAAAAAGUUGAGGCGAAGCCAAAGGCACGUCGUCCUGGUGUCCUCAUUCCAAAUCCACAGAUCAAGUUACUGGAUCAAGAUCCUACUUUUGAAUCAAGGGAGGAUUUGAGUCUAAUGCCUUGUAAGCUGCCUAUUCGUGCUGUCCUACUGAAUGAUGUCAACAUGUUGAAACAAGCCAUUGAUAAUGUUGAUGAAGUUCACUCAGUUAAUUGGCCUCGAAGUGCCAAUGUUAACAGAUAUGCAAUUCACUAUGCUUUCUUGAAUGGAAACAAAGAUGCCAUUAAAUUGCUCUUGCAUGACAUCGAAAAGCCAAAAAGCCGCUGUGGCCCUCCCAAGAUAAGCCUGUCCAAGUGUGACACAGGAUCGUACAACUUCUACACUUUUGGACAUGGGGUGUCAGAGAUAUAUUCCAGUCGAGGAUCACGAGAGGGCAAUGAUGCAUUUCUGCAUGAUAAGAAGAGAAAAAACAAGGUUGAAAAUUAUUCUCUCUUGGAAUUUUGCUUGAAACAUGGAGUUUCGAUUGACACCCUUCAAUUUGCAAUAGAAGAGAAAUUUGGAAAAGGGAAACAUUUCCAUAUGGAGAAUGUCUAUGAUCGCAUUUGGAUAGCCAUCCGUAGUGGUAAUAUAGAGCUUGCCGGAUACUUGGUCAGCAAAAGUCUAGAGACAGGAUAUUCUAGCUUUAAUUUUUUACACAAAGAGGUUCUUCUCAACAAAACUGAGCCACUGACGAAAUUCAGAAGCCAGUCGGUCAAAAAGAAAUCCUACGACAACCAGGGGAUCCUCCCAAUUCACGCUGCUUGCAUCAAUCCAAAUGCGAAAUAUCUGAAGCAGCUGUUGAACUCCGUCCCAGAGUACAACAUACAAGACAGGGCAGGCUUCAAGCCCGUUCACUACGCUAGUGCCUGCCAGGGCCCUGGGCCACUCAAACUACUGCUCUCCAGAGGCAUAGAUCGCAGUGACCCCGCACCUAAAGGUGUCACGCCCCUGAUGAUCGCUGCAAAGUAUGGGCGCAAGGAAAACAUAGAAGCUCUCAUAGCUGCGGCUGAGAAAUCCGGUCAAGGUGAUCACAGUGAUGAUAACGAUGAUGAUUAUGAUGAUGAUGAUGUCAAAGGCAGUACGCUGAACUUGGACGCCAAGUCUAAGGAGACGAGGGCUGCGAUCCACUAUGCAGCAAGUCAUGGGCACGUGGAGGCUGUGCGAGCAUUAGUCUCCCAUGGCGCCAACAUCAACCUACAAACCGGCAGUUACCGUGGCAACGCCACACCCUUGAUGAUCGCUGCCAUGAAAGGGAACCUCGACCUGGUGAAAGCUUGUAUAGAACUGGGCGCCAUUGCAGACAAAAGAGGCAAACACAACAUGACCGCCCUCAUGCAUGCAGUCAAGAAUGGCCACUCGCCUGUUGCAGCUUAUCUACUCCGCCUGGGCGUUAACCCGGACAGCUCGGACACGUCCGGUAAUACUACCGUACACUACGCCGCGGCGUACGGCUGGAUUCACUGCCUUAGGUUACUCAUCCAGGCUGGCGCCAAUCCGAACUCGUCCAAUCAGUGGAAGACCACCCCACUUGCCGUAGCGGUCAUGAAAGACCAUAUUCACUGCGCCGAGUAUCUACUCAGCCUUGAAAACUGUGACGUCAACUUUCCUGACGAUAAGGGUAGAACUUUGCUGUCCCAGACGCUGGCCAGUGAGAAGGCGGGCUCACAUUUGAUGAGGAGACUGCAGUUCCUUGUGGAGGCGAAGUCCGCUGAUGUCACAAUCCCUGACAUAGAUAAAUGGACUCCGCUUCAUUUCCUGGCUGCUAACUCUAUCUACAAAUCAGACCAACGUCUGUUUAAGGCAAAAUGGCUGGGUCUCCCAGUAGAAGAUGUAACCUGUAAGGAGCCGGAUAGUGACGAAGAAAGCACUCCCUCAGAUGAUGGGGCACACCCAACCGCACCCACUCCCCCAGAGAAAGAGUCGUGUCCCCCUCAUGGUAAUGAUGCUAGCAUGGAGGUGGAAGAGCCCCCAGAGGGUGAUGGGAAGGAGUAUGAUGAUUCUGACCUUGAAGAAGAUUACUUCAAACCUUCAUCAAAAUGGCGUUCUGGGGGAUACUUCUCUCCUCCUCCUCGUCUUGUCAUGUCAAGGGCGCGUGCGGCUUGUCUCGCCGCCGAGUGUUUGGUGAAAGCUGGGGCUGAUGUUAACGCUACUACGUCCAGUGGGGAGACGGCUUUGAUGGUAGCUGUGUUACAGCGCAACUUCCCUCUCAUACGUAAACUGAUCGAGUUGGGAGCAAAACCCAAUAUCGGAGUCAACGAGCAGGGCCGAGGUGUUGUACAUCUGCAAGUGAUGAAGACUGAGGAACUGGACAUCAGGCGAUUUUAUCCUGAAGAGACCGAGGACCAACUGAAGGGGACUGUCGAAGAACAGGAGAAUCAGAGGAAUGAGUUCCUUGCAUCGCAAGUGAGACGCGCCUACAGUGAGUCGCUGAACCUGCUCAUAUCGGCCGGCGCGGACAUGAAUGCCGUAGACAAGGAAGGAUUCACUCCGCUUAUGACGGCCUUGAAAGGGGGUAACGUGGAGCUGUUUGAAGUCCUCCUGACGAGUGGUGCAGACCCGGCAAUUGGUCUAGACAACACUGGGCGAAACCUGAUGCACAUGAUGAGUGGCAGCUGUCUAUCACCCUCGAUGGCUGCCUUUGCAACCAAUGUUGCUAACAGGCUGGACAAGCCCACGAGGACAGCCCUGACGAGCAAGGUUGAUAAUACGGGGUUUACUCCGCUCUUAGAGGCUUGUGAAACAUGUACCAAGUCAGACAACAAGCAGAAAGAGAAGCACGUCGCUGGGCGGGACUUCAUCAAGGUUUUGAUCGAGGCUUUCGAUGCAGACGUAAAGUGCACCGUGGGGGCCAUCACACAGGGAGACCGAGUCGAAUACCACGCUCGGGAUACUUUCCAACUGACUGUAAAGCGGAAGGACGGUGAAAAAGAUAAAGAUGACGAAUACGGAAUGACUGGUAAAUUUACCUGCCUACAUUUCCUCACUCGUCACAAAGAUGAGGGCACUCCCACCUGCCUGCAAGUGCUGCUGGGAAGGCUUGCUGCCUGCCAUGACGUCAUCAAUUCACGUGACCGACAUGGCCGCACCCCGCUGCAGUUGGCUGUGAAAUGGAACAACUUACAUGCGGUCGAGGCUCUGGUCAAAGCGGGAGUCAACCUUAAUCUAAAAUCCCACAAUGCGGAUGAAGACUUUUUUGGGACCGCUCUUAUAAUGGCUUGCGACAAUAAGCUGCAAGUGGUCAAGGCUCUAAUUGAAGGAAAAGCAGACGUGAAUCUCACAGACAAGCAAAACCGAACAGCGUUAUCUUACGCUGUAUCUAGUAACACAGCAACUCCUAUGGUCCAGUCGCUUCUCGAAGCUGGCGCUCACGUGAAUACCGCUGACUCUCAUGCUCGCACGCCACUACACUACGCAGUAAACGCGACCACUGGAGGCUUCGAGUCGCUCACGGAGACAGAGGAUCUGGUCAUCAAACAUGGCGGCGAUAUCGCGGCCCAAGACAUCAAGGGGAGAAUUCUGCUGCACUACGCAUUUGUCAAGCUUAAGAAGCACACGGACGCCAGUCUUUCUGACCCAGUCUCUAUCUGCUCGCUGCUUUUGGAAGCCAUGGCUGAACAUGGCAAGGAUAUGAGCAAACUCCUCAACACGCAUGACAAGUUUGGGCAGACACCGCUGCACCGAGCCGCCAUCCGAGGCGCCACUAUAUGCUGUCUGAAUGUGCUUCAGAGAGGCGCGCGUAUUGAUGCCAUAGAUAAUGAUGGCAAUACUCCCUUCUCACUCGCCGCAAGGCAUGGCCACCACAGUUGUGCCAUGAUGUUCAUUCAAAUGAAUGCCCCCGCAAGGUGUGACGUCAUCACACCUGUCACGCCAGAACAGCGUAACAAAUACGAAAAACAGCGUCGAUCGGCGAUGUGGGUGUGGCAGGAGACGGUCAAUCUUCACCCCCCUACCCCGGUCAUUGUGUCCGCUUUCCGGUCCGUGGUUGAGCAUGGCUGGCAGGGCGUGGCACAUCUCAUGCUGGACACGGCCGGACUUGACUUCAUGGUCGCACUCAGGGCUGUGUUUGAGGCACGAAAGAUGGAUCUCGCGUGGACGCUGCUCAGAAAACAGCGCAAGGAUUCCAGCAUCCAGGAGACAGAUUCCAAUGGUCUCAGCUUGUUGCAUUUGUUGGCGGAGUUCGCUACCACGUUUGGCGACGUCGAGAAUAAGAUUGCAGUUCACUUACUCCAGAGAGGCGUGUCUCCGUCCGCUUUAGACAGCAGAGGGGCACUUCCCUUGCACUACGCCGCAAUAAACGGGAACAAGGGACUUUGCGAACUACUGCUUCGUUACAACCCGUCUACGUUGAACGUGGCUGAUCCCAAUGGCAUGACCCCAUUGGCAUGCGCGUUUGAAACGACAUCCAACCUCGCGACCAGAUUUGAAUUGAUCAAGAUGCUAGUAUCAGCGAAGCCGAGAACAUUGGACAUCUGCUACCAGAUCGGCAAAGAUGAUGACCCGGAUCAAGACUCGACCACGCCCCUGAUUCAAGCAGCUCUCCAUGGCAACGAAAACAUUGUGAAGACCUUUUUAGAUAACAACGCAAGCGUGAAUUUUCCUAAGGCAAACGGCCGCACAGCGCUUAUGGAGGUGAUUCGGGCGAAUGAGGAGGACAUGGCAAAGGUUCUGCUGUACGGGACCAUAGACCGAGCUAAGUGGACUGGUGCGAGUACCUCUGUUGAUAUGAGCGCCAAGGACAAGGACGGGUGGACUGUGGUGCAUCACUGCGUCCAGAAUAGAGAGUACGGCUCAUCUGAGAACGUAUCUAUGCUACGACUGCUAGCGAAGUUCAACUCGCCGCUGACCGCUCCUGAUAACACGGGCCACAGUCCACUUUACUACGCGGAACGUCAAGGAUCCGGGAGGAUGGAAGCAGUACUGCGGGAACUCAUCGGCUGUGCUGAGAAACAUUCAUCCAAGCUUCACGUGGGAGAACCAGAACCUGGAUUCAACUUAACCACAUCCCGUGAUGCAUUCUGGGACGGUGAGGAACCUGACGUGGAUGCUGAUGCGGCCGCCAUGUUGGCCGAGGUCAAAGACGCCAAUGAGGAGCCUGAGUACGACCCUGCCAAGCCGCCUCCUGUCGACCCCGUGACCAACAAACAAAAAACUGGCAAGGUAUUCAUGGAACCAGCCACAGGUAUCCCAUAUGAUAUUCUGAUGACCAAAGUCGAUGUGAAAUAUGGUUACUUCGGACUGAACAACUUCUACAAGAUGCAGGUUAUUUUCGAGAAGGGCAAGAAUCUUUGGGUGCUUCUAACCCGAUGGGGUCGUAUCGGCGAUAGAGGGCAACACCAGCUAACGCCUUUCAGCGAUGCCAAGGCCGCCACGGACGAGUUCAAGAAAAUUUUCCGAAGCAAAACUGGAAACCUGUGGGAUGAAAAGGGCAGUUUUGUGAAGCACCCCAAGAAGUACUCUCUUGUGUUGCCAGAGCGAAACCCUCAGUUUCAUCAUCAUAAACCAAAAGACAUCCUCAAGCCGUUCGACCUGGAGGCGUGCCCGCCCUCCAAGCUGCCGAAGCCAUUACAGACUCUAAUGAAGGCGAUAACAGACCAGGAGUGGCUAAGGAAGUCAGUUAGUCACCACUCGCUCCAGGUCGACCCAGAAUUCAUGCCGUUUGGCAGACUCUCGCUGGAGACCAUCAACAGGGCUCGGGGUGUUCUCGAAAAAAUCUGGGAAGUGCAGAAGGGGAUUGAUACCAAUAACCUACGUGGAUCGGAAGACAAAUUUGACGAGAUUGCUGUGCUGAGCAACGAGUACUACACGCUUAUUCCAGUCGCUAGUUACGCCUUCGAAAGGAUCCAGCCCUUGAAUAGCGAGAAAGAUGUAAACGCACAAAUGGACGCUCUUUCUCGGCUGACGGAUCUCGCCUUUGCCAGCAAACUACUGCUAGCGGCUCAGUACCGCAGCAAAGAUGUGAAUCCGUUAGACUACUGCUUCCGAGCAUUGGGAACACACGUGGAGAUGAUGGACCAUACAUCGGCAGAAUGCCAAUUGUUACUUCAGUACAUCCACAACUCUAACGAUGUCGCUAAGACCUUACGCUGGGGCCGCAGACCCAACCAGUUCAAAGUCCAGGGAGUGUUCAGAAUUUCCCGUCCAGGGGAGGGUGAUCGUAUGCGAAGUCAUGGCGCCGGUAAUCACCGUCUGUUGUGGCAUGGCACCAGAACCUACAAUGUACUGGGGAUUCUAAAGGAGGGCCUACGGAUUGCGCCAGCGCACGUGGACAUUUCGGGACACUCUCUUGGAAAGGGUAUCUACUCUACUGACAGCAUCCAAAAGGCACUCUCGUACGCUAGGGGCUGCGGUGGACGGAACGAAGGGUUCCUGCUCCUAAGCGAGGUGGCUCUCGGGAGGCAGUUUAUCCUUGGCCUUGAUGGGGACAAGUCGUUCCCGGAGUCAGCGCCUAAGGGCUAUGAUAGCCUUCUGCUCCCGACCAAGGAGCGACCGAACCCAGCGUAUGAUGUGACCACGCCUUACGGCGUUACGGUACCCGCGGGGGAAUGGGGCGAGGAUAAGACCCUACAGGAGAGAUUCAAGGAAAAGGACAGUUACCUAGAUCAUGGUCGCCAUAACGAGUACGUGGUUUAUAACGAGGCGCAGUGCACUCAGCGGUAUCUCGUGUUCGUGGGCUCAGAAGAAAAAGACAGUGGUGAAGACAAGGAGAGUGACUCUGAUGAUGAAUCCGAAUCCGAAUCCGAUGAAUCCGAGGAAGGAAUUUAGACACUAGCGAAAACAGCUAGAUUUUAGUUAGUUUAUUUCUGUUUCCAUUCAUAGUCAUAGACUUAUUACACGGGAAGAGCAAACGGCAAUGACAUUUAAGCAUAUAGCACUUCACAGACGCGAAAUCACUCAGUUCUUGUCCCUCUUGUUUGUUCUUGUUGCGGCCGCGCGUUUUGUAGAAUUGUAACGUAGCGUGUGUGUUUUUUGCUUCAGUUUUUGAUAAAAUAAGCUAGUGUACCCGGGUGAUCAGUUGCUAGGUUGGAUCUAUAUUUCCUAGAAACUUCAUGCCUACCAUCUUUUAGGUUCCCGAUAUUAGUUGUCAACAGGGCAGUGUCAUAAUUCAGGGAUAGAUAACAGAGAGUUUCCGAACCUUUACCAAGACAAAGGCGCUAGGGUAAAUUAGUGAAAACAACACAGCCGUACUCUACGAUGGGUCUAAAGGGCACAAUGCACAUCAAUCAUAGCUACGAUAACACUAGGGACGAACAAUGGUGAUGAUCGUGAUGCAUGACAGCAUCGUAUUAUCUGCUGUUAUGAUGAUGGGUGAUAACGAUAACAAUGCCAAUGAUCAUAACGGGUGAUAAUAAUGUCAAUGAUCAUGAUGGGUGAUGAUAAUGAUAAUAAUGUCAGAGAAGAUAAUGAUGGGUGAUGAUGAUGGUGAUGCAAUGGCCAUUUUUUAAAGUUUUUAAUAAUUGCGAGGACAACCAUAGAAAGUUAGUUAGUGAGUUAUUCAUCUUCUGGGGUUAAUAAUUUUUUACAGGUUUUUUAAUUAUACACGGUGAAAAAAUAAAUUAUGAUAAUUGUAUGUAUAUAACAUACAUUUAAAACAAA